AAACUCCGUCCGUCUUAUAACCUUCACAAAUUCUGCUCUCCCAAAGAAGGUGCUUCUUCAUACGCUUUGUAUUCGUUUCUCCCAACUGCAACCAACAAUUUUCUCUCUCUUCUUUCCUUCAAACCUAAUACGAAAACCCUAAUUUCCUCAAAUUCUCCGUUAGCUUCUUCGUUCUUCUCCUUUCAACUUUUAUUUUCAUCCCUUUUCACUUUCUCAUUGACGCAUAAAUUUCAUCAAUAACUCGCAACUAAGGACAAUUUUUCAAUUUACUCGGUUAUUCUUUCGAUAUUUUCCUCGCUUCGAAUUCUUCGCGUUUAUUAAGGUUGGGAUUUCAAUAUCUUGUUUUUUCCCUCUUUCUUCGUAUGUUUUGGUUGAUUAAUAAAUAAUUUGUUAGGGUUUCGAUUUUAUCGUUUGAUUGUUGAUUACGGCGGUUUUGAAAUUGGUUUAUCUGAAUUGUCGAGGGUUUUUAAGUGGUGGGUUGCUAUUGGAAGCAACACAUUUUAGUGGGGAAUCGUUGAAAUUUUGUUUGCUUUGCGGGAAACUGAUGAGGGUCUUUUAACUGUUGUUUCUUGUUCUCUAAAUCCAUCUUUUUGUUGUUUUUCGCGAAAGGUGGAGGAGCAGAAGAGUUGUGUUGAAUUAAUUCUGUUAUGCUUAUCUGUCGUUUCACUCUUGGCGUUUGGCGUUUCCGUUUGCACCUCCAUUGAUAUGCUUGAUGUGGGUUGACACGUUUCUUCGUUGUUGAUUUGUAAAAGAAACCUUAAUUUUGAAUGUACAGGGGAAGAAAAUAGCUGUUCACAUCAUAUUUAGAUAUAGUAUAAGGGGCGCUGCGUUGGAUAACCAAAUCGAGAUCACAUUCCGUUGAUUGUGAUAGAGUUGUUUUGUGGAAUUGUGGAACUGAGAUUUGAAAUUUUUGAUUGACUGGGUGAUAAAAAAACCGUGUCAAGAAGGAAAUUGGUUGGAGAUUGUUGUUACCAUAGGAGAGUUACUAGAGUUUUAUCGUGCGAGGUUCAUAUAGGGUAAUGAAUAGGAAAAGCACAUAAAAACAUUGGUUAAUAGUAGAAGUGAAUCUGUGAUUUUGUCGGUACGUACAUUAACAUGCUCAGAUCCUGUUAUGGAAAGAAGUGAGCCCAGUUUAGUUCCAGAAUGGCUGAGAAGCAGUGGAAGUGGCAGUUUGAGCCACAAUGUUUCGUCAUCUAAAACAGAUGGUCCAUUGUUGGCACUGCCAAAAAGAAAUAGGAUUUUGAAUAGCAGCUGUUACUCAGAGGCCCCUCAUUCCUCUGUUUUAGAGCGUAGUUCUUCUACUAAUUCUCGUAGGAGCACAAGCAGUAAUGGUUGUAGUAGGCAUGACAAGAACCCUCCAUACUCACGUUCCUAUAGUGGUUCAGCUAGGAAUCAACGUGUGAAAGAUAGAGAAAAGUUAAUUUCUGACAAUUGGGAUUCUGAAUAUUCUGAUACUUUGUCAAAUAUUAUUGGUGGGAGGACUGAGAAGGACACUUUAAGACGUUCUCAGUCCAUGAUCUCUAGGAAGCCAGAUGAGUUUCGCAGACCCUUCCCUGAUUCGAGAAAUAGGGGCCAUAACAUGAAUGGCAUAGGGAAUGGAGCUCUGUCUGUUGGUAGUUGUGCUUCUACAGGCACCCAGAAGGUGUCAUUUGAAAGAGAUUUUCCGCUGCUUGGAUCUGAUGAGAGACCUGCAACGCCUGAUAUUGCCAGAAUACCAUCACCUGGGCUGAGUAGGGGUGUCCAAGCUUUGUCCAUUGGGACCUCACAAUUGAUUGGUGGUGAAGGCUGGACCUCAGCUCUUGCUGAGGUGCCCAUAGUGGGCAACAUUGGGCCGUCCCCAAGCUUGCAGUCAACCCCUUUAGCUGCAGUUUCUACGUCUUCUACUACGACGUUAAGUGAGCCUAGUACACCAAAUGGUCUUAAUAUGGCGGAAGCAUUGGUGCAGGGUCCCGUGCGAUCUCAAAGCAUACCGCAGCAAUCUAUGCCGGCACAGAGGUUUGAGGAGUUGCCUUCAGUGGGAGUCAAGAAGCUGAUACCUAUGACCUCCUCAAUGCCUAAAAGCAAUGUGCUCAACCCAUCUGAUAAGCUAAAACCUAAGACAGCUACCAGAUACAAUGAAGGUGUAGCUGGUCCUAAGAAUGGACUGCAGCAAAUGCCAUUGUUACAGCCUGGGAGUCAAGCUGUUCGUGGUGGAAGUGGCAGAGCAGAAGGUUCAACUUCAUCUUCCUCGAAGCUCCAGUUGCUUAAACCUGGACGAGAAAAGGCUGUGUCUCCUGCUUUAAAGGAUGGUCAUUCUCAGGCCGUUAAGGUGACAAGUGUUGUUGCGAAUGGUCCUUCUACUGGUUCUCCAUCAGCUGCAUCUGCUCCAUUUAAGAAUCUGAAUAACUUGAAGCAGUCUAACAAUGAGCGCAAGUCACCUACUUAUAUUUUGAAUGGUGUGCAAGUGGCGGAUAAGCGGUUGUCCCAUGCUCAGCUACAGAGCCGGAAUGAUUUUUUUAACCUGGUCAGGAAGAAAUCUAUGAGCAGCUCAUCUGUUGCUGUUACCGAUUCUGGUGCAGGUGCUGUGCUAAAUUCAGGUGAAUCAAAGGAAAUGACCUCUGGCUCAGCGAGUCCCACCAAGAAUGGCAGUGAGGUGAACUGCAAUGGUGAUACUUGUAAGCUGGAUGAGAGCUUUUCAGACAAACGAGGGAGUGACUUGAGUCAUCAUGAGCUCAUCCAUCCAGAGGAAGAGUUGCAUUUUUUACGUGCUCUUGGUUGGGAGGAUGAUGGUGGAGAUGAUGAAGGCCUUACAGAGGAAGAGAUCAAUGCUUUUGUUCAAAAGUACGAGAAAUGGAGACCAGAAUCGAAGCUUCUUCAAGACUUGAAGUCAAAGUUAACAUCUGAUUCGAACUCUGCAGCAUAGUUCGACUGGUGCCUCUUCUGAACGGAGAACAGCUGAUUCUUCACUGAAGAUUCAAUUUUUGAUUUUACUAUACUGCUUCAGAAAAAUAGCGAAAGGUAGAUUUUUUUUUUUGGGUUUCCGCUUUACUUUUGUUUUUGAAUGAAAAAGCUGAUGAGGUGGUUAGACGGAAAUGAUAGAAAGUGAAUGGGGGUCUUGUAGUACUAAAACUGGAAGAACUUGGGUUGUGCCAUGCAAUAAUUUCUGGCGCUUCAUUCUCUGGAGGGUAUGAUGAUUAUAGGGUUUUCUUUUUUUUUCUAUGACAUGAAAUUCCUAGAAAAAAAUGUUCGGAAUGGUCACCUUAUGACGAAAAGAAUAUGCUAUUCAGAGCUUUUGGUUUUCAAAUUA